GUAACCCACGAUAAGUCCAACCGUUUAGACGUGCCAAAAGUUAACGAAAAUGCCACCACCACACGAUCAUUGCGGCGGUCCCCCGCCCCACCGUCGUGGGCCAACCAUCAAAGUGCAGAUCGCUGCCCCCUGGCCACGCCGUCAUCGUGCACCACCGCCACCCAUUGUCGUGGUGCAGCAGAGACCACCACCGCCACCACCCGUAGUCGUGGUGCAGCAGGCACCACCGCCAUAUGGAUACUACCAACAGCCGCCGCCACCGCCAGGACCUCCCGGAGACGGUCACUACCACAAUCCCCAAUACUGAACGGGAAAGCGAGAGAGUGAGGGGAAGGAUCCAGGAAAGAUGAAGAUGAAUUUAUUUUAGCCGUAGAGAAAAAUGUAUUAAAAAUAUAAAAUAUACGACAAAAACAAAACACUUGAA